CCAUGGGACACUGUCAUCAAAGCUGCUAUGAGGAAAUAUCCAAAUCCAAUGAACCCUUGUGUGGUAGGAGUGGAUGUAUUGGACAGGAGCCUUGAUAACCGAGGCAGGUUACAUAGCCAUCGUCUUCUCAGCACUGAGUGGGGACUCCCAGCUCUGGUGAAAGCGGUCUUGGGAACCAAUAGAACUUUGACAUACAUUCAAGAGCAUUCUGUUGUAGAUCCAGUUGGAAAAAAGAUGGAGCUAUGUUCUACCAAUAUCACACUCACAAAUUUGGUAUUGGUGAAGGAGAGGUUGGUGUACACACCUCAUCCCGACAACCCUGAAAUGACGGUGCUGACACACGAAGCAGUCAUCACUGUGAAGGGAUUUAGUUUAGGCAGCUACUUGGAAAGCCUAAUGGCAAACACCAUAUCAUCCAAUGCCCGGAAGGGGUGGGCUGCUAUUGAGUGGAUAAUUCAAAAUUCUGAAAAUGCUGUAAGCUAACUGCAUCCACACCUACCAUUUGGGAUAAAUAGUGGCAACUACAGCA